UUCAAUGUGUUAAUAUUUAACUUUUAUUGUUGUACAAUUAGCAGCUAAAGUGAAAUAAUAUUCUUCCUGGCUCAAAAUGAGCGAGUUAAGACGACGAAAAGUAUUGUCCCAGCAAAACGGAGCAAAAACCAAAGCAAAUUCCAAAAGUGUCACUUCAACAGUACCACAGUCAAAUGAUCGCUGGAGUCUUCUUGUCAUAAUUGAAGUCGUGUUUGCUCUUUUGGUAGCGUUGGCUGUUGGUUAUAAGUACGCUCUCUAUGCUAAAGAACUCCAUGAAAAUGAUAUGUGGUUCUCAAAUAUUGGGCAAAUUCAACGAGAAAUUUCAUUUAGAACUGAAUCUGGUUUAUAUUUCUCAUACUACAAACAAAUGGUCCUUGCACCAUCCAUAUCACAAGGUCUCUAUGAGCUAACCCAYGAUAAUGCAACAGAACACCUAAGAACUAUUAAUAUACUUGAAAGAUUUAAUAUUUAUCAAGAGGUUAUAUUAGCYAUAAUCUACAGAAUUCUAGAUUUGCAGAGUUCUAUGGAGUACGUCUAUUUUUACAUCAAUACCAUAUUUGGUCUCCAUGGAAUGUAUAUGGUUGCCCUGUUUGUGUCGUCAUGGUUACUAAGUGGUUCCUUCCUAGCUGGUCUCUUAGCAACYGGCUUUUUUAUUUUUAACAAAUGGGAUACAACGAGAAUGUUCUUUACUAUACCCCUUAGAGAGAGCUUUGGKUUUCCUUUUCUCUUUGUACAAAUUGCAUCAAUAACAUACUAUUUAAAAAAAGAUAUCUCAAAAUUAUCACAGUAUGUUUGCUUAUGGUUUAUAAUCAAGUGUACGUUUUGCUUCACCCUCGUAUGGCAAUUUGCUCAGUUUGUAAUGUUACUUGAAUGUAUGGCUUUCUUUGGUGUCUACUCACUUGGAUUUGCCCCUAAGUUCAAGAUAAGAAAUCUGUAUUUAAUUGUGAUCUUCUCCAUCGUUAGUGUUUGUUUGUUGAUGUUUGUGAAUGACAUGAUGCUGUGUUCACUUGCCUUGUCAUUCUGUCUUGGUGCUUUGAUUCUCAUGGCUUUCCAAACUGAUGAACCUUCAAAAGGACAUUUUAUCAUCAAAUUAUUCAAGCUUCUGUUACACAUUGUAGCAGUUCUUGUCAUGAUGGCAGCCAUUAGUGCUCUUAUCAAGUUUGUAUUAAAAGUGGAGUCUGAUGAGCAUAUUUUCAAGUUUGUUAAAGCCAAGUGUGGUUUUGAUAUUGGAAGGGAUUUUGAUUCUUUGUUGUACCUAUGUGAGGGAGCCUUUCAAAAGUUACCAUAUAACACAUACACAAGGCUAACAGAUGGUAUAGUCUUCCCUUGUUAUGUCAUCUCGUUGACCGUGGCAGUGGUAAUGCUGUGCUAUACUGUUAUCAUGAACUGGAGCAGCGACAAGAAGACUGAAGAAAAUACAGACAAGAAAGAUGAUGAUACAAAACCUGUCCCCACCCUCCCUUCCCUCCCUUUGAAUGACCAGCCUGAGUUGGUGUACCAUACWAUACAAACGGURAUGUUUGGUGUAAUGGCUGUKUCUACCCUGAGGUUUAAAUUUCUGUGGACUCCAAACAUGUGUUUGUAUGGUGCUGGUCUGUUCUGUCAUCAAGGCUUUUGGAGAUAUUUGAUGUCCAAGAUUAAUAUUAAAUAUGCCAUAAGGAAUGUGUUAAGCCACGGAGUGCCAGUACUCUUACUGGCAAUUCUUGUCAGCAGRAAAUUGCCACAAGCAAUGGAGGAACUCAAAGAAUUAAAGGAAUUYCAUGAUCCUGAUACGGUAGAGCUUAUGAACUGGAUAAGAACCAACACACCACCUGAUUCAGCCUUUACUGGYAGCAUGCAGCUAAUGGCUGGUGUCAAKCUGUGUACAGACAGACAUAUCACAAACCACCCUCAUUAUGAAAAUAAAUUCCUAAGAGAAAGAACCAAACAGGUUUAUCAAGUGUAUGCACGAAGAUUACCAAAGGACGUCCAUGCAAUUCUGAGAAAACAUGGUGCCAACUACAUCAUACUUGAAAAUAGCAUUUGUUACUCAAGACAAGCACAAGGAUGCAGACUUAAAGAUAUACUAGAUUUUGACAAUGGUCAUGUUMUUGAGGGAGGGGAGRCUGAGGAAGGSCUUGUGCACUCAAAUAUGUCUAGAUUUUGUGAGGCUAUUAGGUAUGACCAGAGAAACUUCUCUAGGUAUUUUAGAAAGGUAUUUGAAAAUAGGACAUUUUACAUGUAUGAGGUUUUGUAAUUUAGAUAAGAUUUGAAAUUWUAACACAGGYGGCCCAUCCCCUKCAGUUUGUAUGGUUUGAAGACAGGUUUUGUUACUUAAGACUAAAAUUAUAGGAAUUGAAGGCAGUUAAACKGGUUUGAAGACAGGUUUUGUUAUUUCAGUUUAAAUUUUUAGGAAUUGCAGAAUAGGAAUGGUUAAAAUUGUGUUUGUGUUCAAUUUUAUUAAUAAUAUUUAUUAAGUUCUUAAUGUAAUUGUUAAGAUGCUUGUGAUGGCUGUUAGAAAUAUUAAAAUUACAUAAUAUAUUAUACA